AUGUUGAGCGACAGCUUUGAAGAUACCAACGCCAUGGCGUCUAUGCUCACACUCCUUACCAGCAAGACAUACUCCCCACUGCCCAUUGAGGUCGAGAAGGACGCCAUGUUGGCCGGACGUGGUCAAUUCAGGGCUCUCUCCUCCAUUUCAAAAGAAACCGUCUCCGAAACAAGCAGCCAGACUUCCACGGAGAAAGUGCUUGGAUUCGGCGACUUUUUGUCGUCAGAGGCUGAACACAAGCCCUUCAAUGCACGCAUCGUCUCAGACGCCAUUAUCGGCCUCUCUGACGGCCUCACAGUGCCCUUCGCACUGACAGCGGGACUUUCAGCUCUGGGGAACACCAAGGUGGUGGUAUUCGGUGGUUUAGCAGAGCUCAUUGCGGGUGCCAUUUCCAUGGGCCUGGGAGGAUACCUCGGAGCAAAGAGCGAAGAAGCCGCCUACAAAGCAACGUACCGCUCCACACGGGCCAACGUCCUCGACCGCGGCAGCGACUUGACGUCUGAGAUCUCAUCCAUCUUCGGCCCCUACCACCUCCCACCGUCCACCCUGAACGACUUCGCCCAGCAACUCAUCACGUCCAACACGCCAGAAAGAGUAAUUGAUUUCCUCAUGCGCUUCCAACAUAGUACUCCCGAGCCCGCUGCCAGUCGAGCAUUUAUCUGUGCCAUUACCAUCGCACUCGGCUAUUUUAUCGGCGGCUUCGUGCCGUUGGUCCCAUACUUCUUCGCCGCGACCGUCACAGAGGGUCUGAUUUGGAGUAUCAGCGUCAUGAUUGUGGCGCUCUUCAUCUUUGGGUAUGUCAAGACUGGGUUGACAGAGGGUUGGAGAGGCUGGAGAUGUGUCCGAAGCAGCCUUGGAGGAGGCGGCCAGAUGGUCCUUGUAGGAGGGGCCGCAGCCGGUUGUGCCAUGGGUGUGGUGAGAUUAUUCAACUCGCCGGAAACUUGA